AUGGGAAUAGAGAUUCUGGAGCCUAACACAUGCAUCAGGGGUUGCUGCACCAGCCCCUCUAUUCCCCUUCAUCUCCUUCCCGCUUCUUACACUCUCCUAUCGCCUAUUGCUCGAGGGGCUGAGAGUGUUGUUUAUGAAGGGACUUUGGAUGACAUGAGGGUUGCUGUGAAGAAACCCAUCUUGUCAACUUCAGAAGACAUUAAUAAGUUUCAUAAAGAAUUGCAAUUGAUGUGCAAGUUAGAUCACCCGGGAAUAGCGACACUGAUUGCAGCUCAUGCAAAACCGCCCAAUUACAUGUUUUUCUUCAAGUUAUAUGAAUCUCAGAAUCUUGCUCAGAAGUUACAUGUAGAAGAGUGGAUACCAACUCUCAAUAAUGCACUUAUGAUGGCAAUGCGGUUAGCAAAGGCUUUGCAAUAUCUGCAUAACCUCGGGAUUGUGCAUAGAGAUGUGAAACCGGCAAAUAUUCUUGUAAAUCUUGACAAAAAUCUGUGUCCACACCUCACAGAUUUUGGUUUGGCAGAGUACAAGAAUGAUCUUAAGGGAGUUUCUAUUGAGAAUUGGAAGUCCUCUGGAAAGCCUACCGGUGGUUUCCACAAAAAGAAUAUGGUUGGAACACUUAUUUACAUGGCACCAGAAAUAUUAAGAAAGGAGUUACAUACAGAAAAGUCAGAUGUAUACAGUUUUGGUAUAUCAAUCAAUGAACUUCUUACCGGUGUUGUGCCAUAUACAGAUCUUCGCACAGAAGCUCAGGCUCACACAGUGCUUGAGAUGAACUAUACUGAGCAGCAAUUAACAGCAGCUGUUGUUUCUGAUGGAUUACGGCCAGUCCUUGCUACUGAGGACUUGGGUAUACCAUCAAGAUUAUUAUCAAUGAUAAGCAAAUGCUGGGAUGCAAAUCCUAGUAACAGACCUGCUUUUGAUGACGUUGUUGAGGAACUUGAUUUGAUUAUGGAGCACUGCAAGUUAAAGAAGGCAGAAGAUAUUUAUAUCAGACCUUUUAACUUGCAUGUUGAUCAACCAGUGGACAAGACUGAUAGCCUUCAGGAUUAUGAAGAGAGUUUUAGCUGGUCCACUUGUGGUGAACUUUUGGCCAGGACAGCAUCUACUGCAAAUGAUUCUGGUUUGAUAACUAGGUGUGAGAUUUAUGACAAGCCUUCAGUAUACCACCCAAUACUGUCUUGGGGAUCUUAUGCUACCUGUGGGAGAAGGGAGACUAUGGAGGAUGCGCAUUUCAUUCUACCCCAUAUUUGUGAUAAAAAGAAUGUCUAUGCUUUUGGUAUCUUUGAUGGCCAUAGGGGCGCAGCAGCUGCUGAGUUUUCUUCUAGAGCUGUACCAGCUGUUUUGAAGACUUCAGAUUUUAUGGGCAGUCCUGCUAAAGCACUAGUGGAAACAUUCAUUAGUACAGAUGCUGCCUUCAGAAAAGAGCUUGAUUCUUAUCGCAAAUCCAACAGAUGUAUCCAGAAGGAUUGGCAUCCUGGGUGUACAGCAAUUGCUGCUCUUAUAGUCAGAAACAAGCUAUUUGUUGCUAACGCUGGUGAUUGCAGGGCAAUCAUAUGUCGUGCUGGUAAUCCAAUUUCUCUAAGUAAGGAUCACGUUGCAAGCUGUCUUCAAGAGAGAGAACGUGUUAUUCGUGAGGGGGGCCAUGUCCAUUGGCAAGUUGAUACUUGGAGGGUCGGUCUUCCUGCACUUCAGGUUACUCGUUCUAUUGGUGAUGAUGAUCUGAAGCCUGCUGUAACUGCAGAACCUGAGAUAACUGAGAGUACCUUGUGCUCAGAGGAUGAGUUUCUGGUCAUGGCUAGCGAUGGCCUGUGGGAUGUGAUAAGCAGUACAGAGGUCAUAAAUAUAAUAAAAGACACUGUUAAAGAGCCAGGAAUGUGUUCUAAGAGGUUGGCGACUGAAGCAGUGGAACGUGGCAGCAAAGAUAACAUCACAGUUAUCAUCGUUUUCUUGCGUCCUGUGUCUACUGCAGAGAGAAUUUAUUAA